GUAAUGAAGAUAUCCAAAAUCCCUUGGGUAUGAGUUUGGGUUUGAGUUUGGAUUUGGGAGGACAAAAUCCGUUGCCGCCACGUCCUAUUGCUAUGCCUAGCUCGCAAGGAGGUGUUAUGAGUCGGACAUGGUUCCCUGCAUUCAAAUAGUGACCGCAGGUGCCAAUCACUAUUUGAAUCUGGAUAAUGAAUUUUUAAUCAAAGGGCAUGGUGAUUUGACUGCAUCACUGCACCAGAUAAAAAUUCAAUUAUUUACUCUAUAAAUAGUAAUAGUAAUUGUCUCAACACCAUCACUAUUCACUGAGUCGCUCUCUUCUCUGAACACUGCGUUUAACGUCUUCGACCUCUCGCUCAUCCGCGUUUGUCUUCAAUCAAGGGGGGAAUGGACGGCGCAGCAGAUUGAUUGGUUUGCAUGACCGUCAGAUUACGGUUUGGAGGGUAGAUGCUCAAAUCAGAUUAAGCAAAGCUCAUGUCUUAGUCUAUGGAAUGAAAGAAACAUUAGUUUUCUUUGUUUUGAGUUCAAAGAAAUACCUUACAAAUCCAAUCCGAAGGAAAAAUAUUUUAAGCUCUUGUUCUAGCUAAACACGGCUGUUGAUAGAUAAGCUGAUCAUUCAAGAAGAAGAAGAAGAAGACGAAGAAGAAGAAGAAUGCACUUGAGCGAGAACGAAGGAAUAGAGGGGAAGACCUUUGUGGUGACGGGUGGACUCGGAUUCGUAGGAUCUGCUCUGUGCUUGGAACUCAUAAGAAGAGGUGCUGAAGAGGUGCGAGCCUUUGACCUCCGCCAAUCUUCUCCUUGGUCGCAUGUUCUUAAUGAGAAGGGAGUCAACUGCAUACAAGGGGAUGUUGCCUGCAAAGAGGAUGUUGAAAUGGCACUCCGUGGUGCUGAAUGUGUAUUUCACCUUGCGGCCUUUGGAAUGUCAGGAAAAGAGAUGCUGCAAUUCGGUCGAGUUGAUGAAGUCAAUAUAAAUGGGACUUGCCAUGUUCUGGACGCUUGCCUUGACCUCGGCAUCAAAAGGCUUGUCUAUUGUAGCACAUACAACGUUGUCUUUGGAGGUCAAAAGAUCCUCAAUGGAAAUGAGACCUUGCCUUAUUUCCCAAUUGACCGCCAUGUUGAUCCAUAUGGCCGCAGUAAAUCAAUCGCUGAACAGUUGGUACUAAAGAAUAAUGCCCGCCCUCUCAAGAAUGACACCGGGGACCGUCUUUACACCUGUGCUGUUCGUCCAGCUGCAAUCUAUGGGCCGGGGGAAGACAGGCACCUUCCAAGGAUCAUAACCAUGGCUAGGUUGGGUUUGCUUCUGUUCAGAAUUGGCGAGAAAACUGUAAAGUCGGAUUGGGUUUAUGUGGAUAACCUUGUCCUUGCUCUUAUACUGGCAAGUAUGGGACUUUUGGAUGACAGCAAUAACAAGGGAAAGCAACCUAUAGCUGCUGGCCAGACAUACUUUAUAUGUGACGGUUCACCUAUCAAUUCUUUUGAAUUCCUUCAACCUUUACUCAGGAGUUUGGAUUAUGAACUACCCAAAACAUCUUUAGCUGUCGAACAUGCUCUUGUUCUUGGGAGGAUUUGCCAGGGUGUUUAUACAAUCUUAUAUCCAUGGCUUAAUCGGCGGUGGCUGCCUCAACCAUUCAUCCUUCCGAGUGAAGUACACAAGGUGGGAGUGACCCACUAUUUCUCUUAUCUUAAAGCCAAAGAAGAGAUUGGCUAUGUUCCCAUGGUGACCUCGCGAGAGGGAAUGGAUUCUACCAUAUCUUACUGGAAACAGAGGAAAAGGCAAAUUCUGGAUGGGCCUACCAUCUAUACCUGGCUGUUUUGUGUCUUUGGAAUGACCUCACUCUUUUGUGCUGCUUUCCUACCAGACAUAGGGAUUGUGUUUCUUCUCAGAGCUAUAUCUCUAUUUGUCUUUCGGUCAACGUGGAUGACAAGGCUGGUAUUUUUUCUAGCGACAGCUGCACAUGCCAUUGAGGCCAUUUAUGCUUGGUACCUGGCUAAAAGCGUGGAUCCUGCCAAUGCAAGAAGCUGGUUUUGGCAAACAUUUGCUCUGGGGUUCUUUUCAUUGCGUUUUCUGUUGAAAAGAGCAAGGAAAUAAGUUCUUGUACCAUAGUUGAUGUUAAGAUAUGAAUUAUCUUUCUCGACUCUCGUCAAUUGCAUGACAAAUUGUACCCUCUAUGAUAAAUUUAUUAGUGUUUGUAAUAAACAAAAAUAAUAGCUAAGUUGGUAAGAACAUUGCAUUAA